UUAUUCGCACAACACAAUUUGGUGAUUCUGAUGAAUGAUGGGACCGUGCAAAAGCAUAGUAUGAAAUGAAUGAAUGAAUCUAAUUGAAUUAUAUGAAAUGUUCGGAUCAGUGUAAAAAGUUGACAACUUGUGUUGUGUUUGGGACAGUUGGAACCUCCAUCACUAGUUAUCUAUCACUGCACAUGUGCCAUACCCAAUUAACUAUUUCCCUUUCUUGUAAGUUUCUAUUAUGUUCUCUGUGGCAGAAGAAAACCAAACCAUGAACUCUAAUUCUAACUCAAUGGCAGCACCAACAACAACUACAACAACUAGUGGUGGAGAUGCUUCUGGUAAGAAGGUUAGAAAACCAUACACAAUUACUAAGUCAAGAGAAAGCUGGUCUGAUGAAGAACAUGACAAGUUUCUUGAAGCUCUUCAAUUGUUUGUUUGAUAGAGAUUGGAAGAAGAUUGAAGAUUUUGUAGGCUCUAAAACAGUUAUUCAGAUUCGAAGUCAUGCCCAAAAAUACUUCUUAAAGGUUCAAAAGAAUGGAACACUAGCUCAUGUCCCUCCUCCUCGUCCAAAGCGCAAAGCUAUUCAUCCUUAUCCACAAAAAGCAACAAAAAAUGUUUUGGUGCCACUACCAGCAUCCAUUGCUUUUGGCUCUUCCGUAAAUACCCUUCUACCUGCAGGGUAUGUCACGUGGGAUGAAACGUCCAUGCUGAUGAAUACUUGUCAGGAUGAACUCAACAGUCUUCACGGAAAUGAAGCUGACAUUGGAUCAAAGGGGAUCAGCAACAGCGGUCUUAGUGGUGUUGAAGAUACUAAUACAAGGCUACCUACUUCUCAAAUACCAACGCAAGGGACACAAAAUCCCGUGAUUCAUGGUUUGCCGGACUUUGCUGAAGUUUACGGUUUCAUUGGAAGUGUUUUUGAUCCGGAUACAAACGGCCAUGUGCAGAAGCUGAAGGAAAUGGACCCUAUAAAUUUUGAAACUGUUUUGUUGUUAAUGAGAAACCUCACUGUCAACUUGUCUAGCCCUAAUUUUGAUCCCAUUAAGAAGGCGAUGUCAACAUAUGAUGAGAAUAACGAUGCAGUAGGAGUUACUGAUGAUAAGAAGCAGACAAAUGAUGAAUCAUGUCAAACCACUUGACCACUGGCAAUUUGUUGACUUGUUAGAUUGGUCAAACAUGGAUGGAAGACUGAGGUUUUUCUUAACCAGAAGUUAGGCAUGGGAGUGUCUUGCACUCAGCUGUAAAGUGUAAAGCCAGUGAAUGUAACUGUUGUCAUUUGUAACCACAGCAAGAAUAGUCAUAGUGUAUGUUAGAAAGCUGAAGAGUACAACAUAUUUUUCAACUUAUAGAUAAAUGUUAAUAAGUUAGUGGUUAUGUUGAUUUUCAAGGUUCAAACUUUGGAUAUACUGCUUAAAAUUUGUUCAGCAACUCAUAGUUCACCAACCGAGUUACCGACUUUGAACCAUAGCUAUUGUUAUAUUGCUCUGAUUUGGUAGAUGAAUUAGACAUAUGCUUAGUAGAGACAUAGAUUUAUGUUAUGGCAUAAUGUUAAUGGUCUGUAUCAAAAAAUUAGGAAAA